AUGGCGUUCGGAAAGUCCUCAACCAAGUCUGUCGCUGUCAUCAUCAGCUCAGUCCGCCCAGGCCGAAACGGCCCCAAAGUUGCCGGUUUCAUUAUUGACACUCUCAAGAAAACCCUUCCUCAAGACGUUUCUCUCAAGAUCGUUGACGUCGCCGAAUGGAAAUUGCCAACAUUCGAGCAAGCCGAGAUUCCAUUCCUUAUUCAGAGUCCUGAACUCUACUCCAAUGAGCUCGCCACUCGAUGGAGCCGUGAGAUUGGCAGUCAUGAUGGUUUCAUCUUUCUUGUUCCAGAAUACAAUGGCUCCUACGCUGGCUCUCUUAAGAAUGCCUUCGAUUACCUCUAUCAUGAGUGGUCCGGAAAGCCAGCUAUGAUUGUCAACUACGGCGGACGCCCAGUCGAAAUGCUCUACGGUGGCAAGCAUUUCACCGAUAUCCUCAGCCAGCUACAAAUGAAACUCCCCAGCAUCCUUCCAAAAAUCAGUAUUGCUACUAUGGACCGCGAGAAGACUGCUGCAGGUCAAGAACUAGUGUUCUACGAAAAAUCAGUCGAGGAACAAGUCCGAUCCGAUAUUUCCAACGCGUGGGAGGAUAUUCUGAAGAAUUUACAAGUUUCGAGCGUCUCUCCCGCCAGUGCUUAA